AUGUCGAUUCUUGGAGAGGGUUCGUUUGCUGUUGUGUUUCUAGGAAAGGACCUGCAGACUCAGACAUCAUAUGCUGUCAAGUGUCUGUACAAGACUGGUCUGACCGAUCACCAGCUGUCACUACAACUACGUGAGGCUUCUCAACUUCAAACGCUUGCCGAUCAUCCCAAUAUUGUAAAACUCUACAAAACUAUUCAGACAAGGGACUGUCUAUUUCUUGUGUUGGAGCGGUGUCGUACAGACUUGUUUGAUGCCAUUAUGCGCCACGACGGAUUUGCUGAACCUACUGCACGCCGGCUGUUUGCUCAAUUAGCAGAUGCUGUUGCCAUGUCGCAUUCGAAACGUAUCUACCAUCGGGACCUGAAGCCAGAGAAUGUCCUGGUCACAUAUCCCGGAGAUAUUUAUGCUGAGCAGGAUUUGAUAGUAAAACUGACCGACUUUGGUCUGGCCACUACCGAUGCUGUUUCCACUGAGUUUGGCUGCGGCAGUGUUCGUUAUAUGGCUCCCGAAUGCCUUGCAGGCGAUGCUGAAUGGCGCCGAAAUGCACCAGCCCAUAUCAUCAAGUCGCUGGCUGCUCCUGUUGCAUACUCUCCUCCUGCAAAUGAUGUGUGGUCGCUUGGCAUUAUUUUGAUCAACUUGCUCACAGGAAAGAAUCCCUGGGUUGAACCUUCUGCAAAGGACAAGCACUAU